AACCCACGUUUCAGUUUGUCGCGUGUGCUGGCACGGCGCGCAUAUCGUUCCGCGAAUCUCGGUAAACGAUGUCGAGAAAUAUGUGGAUCGUUUCGACGAAAAAAAACGCGUGCAACGCGAUCGUUUCGACCGACAAGUACGUGUCUCAUGCGUUUCGUUUCACGUGAAUUUUCGCGGAGAGAAGACAAAGCUAUCAUCGAGGGGAAACAAAAAUCGAACACGAUACAAUCGCGAUAUCGAUACGAAUUCGUGAAAAUACAGAAGCACGAUCACAUCUAUCAGGUUCAUAAUCUGAGAAUAAGCUUCGUUCGAUUAAUUGACGUAUUAUGUCACAUUCCCGUACAAUCUGCCGUCGCAAACACGAAUGAUUCCGAACUCUGUAUCAAUCGUCGACCGUUUGGUUGCGUCGUGAAUCGUUUUAAUCUAUUGCCACCGGCUGCAUCGGUAUCAUUCGUCAUAAUUCGUGUUACGGUGGAAUGUGGCCAAUCAGAAGCAGUAUUUUCGAUAAUUUUCCUGGAAACAAGACAAAAGCCAACCGCAAUUACCCCGAAUAUGAAGAGACAUUGUGUUCGCAGCUCACAGUCAGCGGUUCGUGCGGUUGUAUUUCGACUAAUACAGAUCGUGUGAAUAUCGUUCGCUCGAUAUUCCUAAUUUAACGAUAAGAAUAUCGUCGAUCCAUCUCCUAUGAAAAUCCUGAUGAAAGAAGAAAAUCUCGUUCGUCGUGGCGUUCAGUAUAAAAUGUUGUUCGCGUGUUUGAUCGUUCUCCAAUACUCUUUGUUCCAAACCAACGUCGGAUUAAGUCAUUCCUUCAAAGUCAAAGGAAAAACCGAUGGAAUCUCGUAUCGAUGUAAAGCUGAUCCUUGUUACCCAGACGGAUAUUAUAAAAUAUUUAUAUUAUAAAACGCACGGUAUUUACGGUGUUCCCUUAGUGUUUACGUAGAAAACAACUUGCAGCAUUCGCAGAUAUCGUACGGCUAUAUUGUUAAUUGCCUUGUGGCAAUUAGCAAUCAAACGGUACUCAUUAGAGCGAAAUAAUGACGGAUUCGCCAAUACCGUCGGUCAGCAACAUUCAGAGUCGCACUCAUACCGCAAGCCAGUCUCAAGUUCAAACGCAAAUUCAAGAUGACAAGAACGAGAAAACGGAGAAGGCUGUUCUUUUGCAAAUUCAAGAGAUCAACAACCAAGUGGCGCAAUUCCGCGAUCUGCUGAUAAACAUCGGCCAACCACGAGACUGUCCGGAACUUCGAGAGAAAAUUCGGAGAUUACGACGACAUUGCGUAGAAGCGUGUAGAAACACGUCCCAGCUCAUACUGCCACAAGUACGAAGAACAACGGAUAUCGGGAUCCCUGUUGACUGCCCAAAUUUGAUGCUGCUCUUUUAUGUUGUACAAUUAUUCCUGCGCGAGCUCUGCAAAAGUAAGAACCUCAUCCGCAUCGUGCCGAUGGAUAUGACGGAAUAUUACGAAACUCGAGCCGGGCCAUCCAACAUCGGCAACGUGAUCUCGCAGAUAGUCCUCUGUAAGCAGAUCACACCGGAUUUCUACGAGGAAGAAUUGUGCAGCAUCCAAAAGGACUCCGAGGAAAUUCGAGGCUUGAUGAACGAACUGCAAGAAUUUAUGCCCCAGUCGGGUGGCGAUAUAGAAAAGUACUCGGCUUUACAGAGUGCCGGAAGUAGGGGUAACCGUCCCAACGGCAGACGGAUGCAUCGAUGGAACCAAAGCCACGAAAGGCCUAGCAGGCCUACCAGACAAUCGUCCUACUUUCACGGAGCUUUGAAUCUCUUUUGUUGCGCCGCAAGAGCCAACUAUGUUUAAUCGAACUAAACGUAUUUGCCCACAUUUUUCUCUUAAAGAAAUCGUUUCACAAAAGUUUUUAAUAAUUUAUAUGCCUAAUUUCCUUUCGUUUUUAAUUUUCUAUCUGUAAAUUUUAAGAAUAAGCGAUAAAAGGAGAACAAAUUUUCGCUAUAUUUUUAAAUCAAAAGGAUAUUCAACUCUAGUCGAUUAGUCGAUAAGAAACCUGAUACUGAAGCUUUAUUUAGUUCAUAAGUACGGAUCUCUAAAUAUAGAAACAUAUUGGGUAUUUUUAUAAAAAAGUUUCAUUUACUGCGGAAUCGUUUAAAUAUAUUGAAAAAUCUGACUUAAACUUACGGUGCAAGUGAGUUGUUGCAUUGUUGAUCGACCACUCGGUUCCAUAAAAUUAUGAAGACAGAUCGAUUUCUUGAUAAAAUUUAAUUAGACUUUCUCUCGUCCAUCGAUCAACACCAACGGCAUAAUAGCAUCUAGCAUUUAAAGGAAAAAAGAGUCAAUGUAAAAACAAUCAUUAUAGAUGUGACAUUGUCGUUUAUUUGUGUAUUUACUACUCGAAAUCCGAACUGUGAUGAACGAGCUCAAAUUUAUCGCUGAUCGGAUAGCAUAUAAGAAACUAUGCAUCACGUUGGAAAGUAGGAAAAUAAAUGCCAACUGAAUUGGACGUUGAUCAUUCCAAUAGUGGACCAAUGUGAACCACGUAUCGCCCAUAUGCACAAUAAGAGUAACGCAAUUAAAAAGAAUUUAUACUUUGAGAAUUUAAUCGUAUUAGUCUCUGACAGUAUUCCAUCUUUAUCUAAUUAUAUUUCAUAAAAAUCAUGAUACGUUCGUAUCUUUUCAUUAUUGUCAUAUAUAUAAGGUCGUUAUUUAUACAUAAGUUAAUAAAAAUGAAACAUUUCACGCUUUUAACUCGUGUCAUUUUUUAUAACAAAUUGGCGAUACGGUUCUAUAAACGGUUCAUUUUAAUGUUAAAUGUAUUAUUAUAUGAAAUUGAAAAAAGAUAUAUGUAUAUGUGAAAUCUAUAUAUACACACAUACAUCUAUAUGUAUACACGUUACAUUGAACCGUAUAAAAGUAUAUAUAAUGUUGGUUUUACGGCCACGUAUCAAUAAACGAUAAUAAUUAUUAAUUAUCAUCGUUUCAUUGUUCACGGUAUUAAACGUAAUUGACUCCUUCCGCUAGUGACGCUUCGACAUCUUUUGUAUUACUAUUUACGUUCGACUUCAAUUAUCGACACGGAGAAUAUUAGUGUAUGGCGCAAA